UAAAAAGUAAGCGGAAGUAACGGAGCACUGAAAAGAGGUAAAAACAUUUUGAACUAUCGACGGUCAGUGUUUAACCUGUAAGCCUGGACUGCCCUAAAACUACCUCUUUGAGAGGCUUCGUUCAAACUUUUAACCCACGCAUGUACUUUUACUUUUGUUUUCCCCUUGCCAUGGAGGCAGAAGCUCUCUUUUAUUUUAUGCUGCCACAUUUUUCAUGACCUCUCCUCGCUGUGGUGAACAAGAACCAGCAUGGCAGUCGGUGUGAAGGCGGUGUUUCUCGGUGUGGAGGUUAAACUGCACAGACCGCUGCUGGCCGGCUGUAUGAACUCCUCCAGGACAACUUACGCUGGAAACAUUUAUCCAAAAAGCCAGUUCAGCUCUCUGUGCCCCCUUCUUCCGAGGUUUGAUGGGGCUCGAACCUUCUUCCUCUGCUGCGCACGCGCAGAAGGUCACCCGCUGAAACGCGCUGGUCCACUUGGAAAUAGUAAAGUGGGACUUUUCAGCAGGAUCCACAGUGGUCCGUAUUUAUAUCACAAUCAAAGCCCAUCAGCGUUUAGAUGUCUUCACAGAAGAUCUGAAUCUGCAGGGCUGAUGAAAGAGGUCCUGCUGCGGAGGGGUGCAGCCUGGCCUGGAGUGUCCAUAAUCCGCAGAAGAGGGACAGAUGCUCCUCUUUCCAGUGUGUCUCCAGUYUUUUUAGUGAUGAAGUUUGACCAAGAGGGAAAUGUGACAUCGUUUGAAAAGAAAAAGACAGAACUUUGCCAGGAGCUGAGUCUUCAGGCCAGAGACCUUCGCUUCCAGCACAGCACCAGCCUCACUACGAGAAACAACUGCAUCAUCAUUCGAAUGGCCUCGUUAAAAGCCAUCCUGACCCCGACGUUCCUGCUGGUGUUUGAUUUUCGCAGCCUGGGACUGGAGCGUUGGUUGUUGCUGGAGCUGGCCUCGCAGCUAGCAUCACAGACGCACCCUCUGCCCUUUGAGUUCAAGGCACUGGAGGCCAUCCUGCAGCACAGGGUAAACACUUUACAAACCCAGCUGAACGAGCUGGAACCAGUAAUACUGGACACUCUGGAGUUCCUCGUGGACCCUAAGAUCCUUUCAGCUGAUAGAAGUAAGCUGCAUAUACUGUUACAGAACAGCAAGAGCUUAUCGGAGUUGGAAACGGACAUAAAAGUUUUUAAGGACUCUUUGCUGAAGAUCCUGGAUGAGGAUGAGAUCAUUGAAGAAUUCUGUCUCACCAAAUGGACUGACCCAAGAGCUUUAGAAGAGAACAGUUUGGGAAUUGACCACGCCGAGGAGAUGGAGCUUUUGCUGGAAAAUUUCUUCAUGCAGGCUGAGGAGCUGGGAAACACAGCCCGAGAGUUGAAGGGACUGAUCGAUGACUCCGAGAGCGUCAUCUUUAUCAAUCUAGACAGCCAUCGAAACGUGAUGAUGCGUCUGAACCUGCAGCUGACGAUGGGUUCCUUCUCGCUUACGCUGUUCGGUCUGAUCGGAGUYGCCUUUGGAAUGAACUUAACAACAGCUUUUGAAGACGACCCUCGUGCUUUCUGGCUGGUGACUGGCUUCAUGUUCUUGGGCAGCGGGCUCAUAUGGAGACGGCUCUUAUCCUUUUUGGGAAGGCAUCUAGAGCCUUCAGUUCUCCGACCGAUCCCACAGAUUUGGAAGAGAAAUCUGAAGUCCUCAGACUUUAAACCUGGAGUCAGAUGAACUCUGCUCUGUUGAAGUGGUCAGACUCUGCAGCUCUAAAGAAACUCAUCCAUGUUUGUGAGUGGCAGUACUUUACAUGAAACAGAGAACUAACCAACAACUGGACUGUUAGUAAAAAAAAAAAAAUCCAAAAGUGCUUUAAGGAUAGUUAUUUUACUUAAAUUGAUAUUAAAUGUAUAAAUAUGUGUCUGGCAUUAAAGAUGUCUUCAGUGCCCAGCUUGUUCUUAAAUGUUGCCUUUUUGUUUUAACCCAGAGUUCAUACAUUGUGGAACAUUAUUCUGCUGGAGAAAGCCAAGUUUUAUCAGGUGAUCAUCUGGUGUGUGCUGUGAUCAUUGCCAUAUGUCAUUAAACGCACCGAUACACAGAAACUGUAUCUCUGAUAAAAGAGUAAAUAUGUUUUUUCAGCAGUUUGUACUUAGUCCAAAAAAUACUAGUAUAUUUGCAAGUAGAGAAAGUUUUUCUUACGAAAAAACAAGUGUUCAUGAAUUGCACUAUACUUUUGCUUGAGGCCUGUUACCAAAUUUUAUUAAUUCAAAACAACCAUAAAAACCAAAACRUACAAUAUAUUUAGAUAUAAUAUGAAAAAAAUGCAAAAAUAGUCAGGUGUUCAUGCUUUAUUAAAUGUGAAAACUGAAUACAAAUGUGUUUGAAGAUGUGAUCUAAAAACAUAGUUAAAGCCUGUCUGUAAUGAAAAGCCAAACAAUAAAACUUUCAGCAUUUAUUGCCAA